UCAGUUCAGUUGUUCUCUCUCUCUCUCUCUCUCUCUGCUUUAAAGUGAAAGCAUAUUUUUGGUGUGGGACGUGAUUUAUUGAAAGUCUUGACUUUUGAUGCAAUUUCACUUGAUUUUGCUUUGAAAGAUUGUUAAAAAGUUGAAAAGACCUCUCUAGGCUCUGGUACAAGGAGGCUUACACUUUUCUUACUUUUCACACACAACCCCCAGCUCCAUUAUUCUCUACUUCACUAUCUUUGUGGGUACUGCUAUACAUUUUUAGAGGAGGAGAGAAGCAAGAUCAUGUCUGGCGGCGGAGCAGCAAAACCACCCCCUGAGCCACAGCCACACCCCUCAAAGGAUCAGCUUCCCAACAUUUCUUAUUGCAUUACUAGUCCUCCACCAUGGCCUGAGGCUAUUCUUCUUGGUUUUCAACAUUACCUUGUGAUGCUGGGGACGACAGUUCUCAUUCCGACGGCGCUUGUUCCCCAGAUGGGAGGUGGAAAUGAGGAGAAAGCUAAGGUUAUCCAGACACUGCUCUUUGUUGCUGGUUUGAACACAUUGCUGCAAUCAUUUUUUGGGACUCGACUACCAGCUGUUAUGGGAGGGUCUUACACUUUUGUCCCUACAACAAUUUCAAUUAUCCUUGCUGGUCGAUUCAGUGAUGGUGCUGACCCUGUUGAGAAAUUUAAGAGAACCAUGAGGGCAAUCCAGGGUUCUCUCAUUGUUGCAUCGACUCUUCAGAUUGUCCUAGGCUUCAGUGGGCUUUGGCGUAAUGUUACAAGGUUUCUAAGCCCACUUUCAGCUGUUCCUUUAGUUGCUCUAGUGGGUUUUGGGCUGUAUGAGUUUGGUUUUCCGGGAGUUGCCAAAUGUGUGGAGAUUGGACUGCCUCAGCUUCUCCUCAUAGUAUUUAUUUCUCAGUAUUUGCCCCAUAUCAUAAGCCGAGGGAAAAAUAUCUUUGAUCGUUUCGCUGUAAUAUUUUCUGUGGUUAUUGUGUGGAUCUAUGCUCACCUACUCACAGUGGGUGGGGCCUAUAAUAAUGUUGGACCUAAAACUCAAGCUAGCUGUCGAACUGAUCGUGCUGGACUUAUAGAUGCUGCUCCCUGGAUAAGAGUUCCUUGGCCUUUCCAGUGGGGAGCACCCGCAUUUGAUGCUGGUGAAGCCUUUGCAAUGAUGAUGGCCUCAUUUGUUGCUCUUGUUGAGUCCACUGGUGCUUUCAUUGCGGUGUCAAGGUAUGCAAGUGCAACUCCCAUGCCACCUUCAGUUCUCAGCCGUGGUGUUGGUUGGCAGGGAGUUGGCAUUUUGUUGUCCGGAUUAUUUGGGACUGUGAAUGGAACUUCUGUAUCUGUAGAGAAUGCUGGUCUUUUGGCCUUGACAAGAGUUGGAAGCCGAAGGGUUGUCCAAAUAUCUGCUGGCUUUAUGAUUUUCUUCUCUGUUCUUGGGAAAUUUGGAGCAGUAUUUGCUUCAAUACCAGGACCCAUUAUUGCAGCUUUGUAUUGCCUUUUCUUUGCUUAUGUGGGUGCUGUAGGUCUUAGCUUCCUUCAGUUCUGCCACCUCAACAGCUUUCGAGUAAAGUUCAUACUAGGCUUCUCCAUCUUCAUCGGUUUGUCUGUGCCACAGUACUUCAAUGAGUACACUGCCAUUAAUGGAUAUGGUCCAGUUCACACAAGUGCAAGAUGGUUCAACGACAUUGUAAAUGUUCCUUUCUCAUCAGAACCAUUUGUUGCGGGUAUCGUAGCAUUUUUCCUGGAUAACACACUUCAUAAAAAGGAUGGUCAAAUCAGGAAAGACAGGGGUAAGCAUUGGUGGGACAAGUUCAGAUCCUUCAAGGGUGAUACAAGGAGUGAAGAAUUCUAUUCCCUGCCCUUCAAUUUAAACAAAUAUUUCCCAUCUGUGUGAUUGAGGCAGCACUAAGUUAAGUCGGUUUUAGCAAAUAUUGCUCUCCCAAAUGUUUUCUGGAGCUCUUUGUGGAGACAUAUUAAAUAUCUUCAUGUUCUCUCUUGUGAAAUCUAAUCACACGCUAUAUAGCAGUAAAAGAUAGUAUGUUUCUCUAUAGGAUGGUCAAAGAACAUUUGUCGAAUUGUUUUGUUUUUUUCUUUCUGUAAAUCCAAUGCAAGACGCUGAUUUGAGGUAGCAAUGAUGCUGUUAUAUUGCCUUUCUCAUUCA